AGUGACAAUGGUCUGUUUACACAAUGAACCAGCAGUGCAAGGUGUGCGGCGAGCCAGCGGCGGGCUUCCACUUCGGCGCCUUCACUUGCGAGGGAUGUAAGUCAUUCUUCGGACGGUCCUACAACAAUCUCAACUCCAUCUCGGAGUGCAAGAACAACGGCGAAUGUGUCAUCAACAAGAAGAAUCGGACGUCGUGCAAGGCGUGUCGGCUGAAGAAGUGUUUGCUUGCUGGAAUGUCCAAGAGUGGUUCCCGGUACGGACGGCGUUCCAACUGGUUCAAGAUACACUGCCUUCUUCAGGAACAGCAACAAGCAGCGUCACAGCACUACAGGCAACAGAGGACCCCACCACCCGCUCUCAGCGUUCUAGGGCAACGGGCCCAGCAUAUGGACCCCCGUCUGCAUCAUCAGCUGGCCACAGCCAUGUCGCAACAUCAGGCCCUCCAAGUCCGCACCAAGGAAGACCUUCUAAUGCUCGGUCUGGACGAGUACAAGAAUUCAACGUCGCCUUCCAUCAGCUCGCCGGAGUCGCACAAUUCGGAUACAUCGGUGGAGGUGAGCGAAACGCGUCUUCUGGCUGGGGGAGGACUCUUCCUUAACAACAACAACAACACCAAGUGUCCCGCAGAGCAGCGGCCCGGUUCAAACACCAAGGACAUGUUCGUGCCACUGCCGUUCGCGUUCCCCCACCCUGCGACGUUUUUCCCACCCUCUCAGCACAGCGCGUUUAUGUUCCCUCACAGCAGCUUCCUGUACCACCAGCAGCCGCCCAAAUCCCACCAGAGCGUGCUGAAAAACAACAACAACAACAACAACAACAAGAAGAACGGAGACGCUUACAGCAAGAGAUUCUUCCUCGACGCCAUCCUGCGAUCCCAGCAAUCGCCAAGCGGCGGCAGCACCAGCCGGGAGGACGAGGAUGACGAAGAUGACGACGACGAGGAGGAGACAACCGAAGCCGCAGCAUCGCCCAAACAUCAGCCCACCAUGACACGCAGCACCAACAAGGGGACGAUCCUUACAAUGUCCAGAAUAUUGGCAUCGCCUCACCACGAGGACCACGAACAGGAAAAUCCUAUGGACCUGUCAAUGAAGGGUUGCCAACACGACUACAGGCUGUCGCCCUCGCCUGCGGGGUUAGUAGAUGACGUCAUGUCCGACCAGGAAGAGGAAGACGGCGGAGAACUCUCCGCUAAGGGCGACGGACAAGAUGUGGAGUACGACAGUACGGAUAGUGACCAUAAGGAGCGCCACAGUCGAAAUGUGGCGGCGCCAAUGGAUCUCACCACUCGAGCAUGAUGCUAGGGCCGGCUUUACCGUUUAAUUCGUUCAAUGUUGCUGCAUAAAAUUU